CGGCAGCCAGGGCAGCCGGAUCGCGGCGGCAGCAGCUGCUGCUGCUGCUGCUGCGCGGAGGGAGCCCGGGGCGGAGGGAUGUGGGGCUUUGGGGGAGGCAGGAUCUUCGGGAUCUUCUCCGCUCCCGUCCUGGUGGCCGUGGUGUGCUGCGCCCAGAGCGUGAACGAUCCCGGCAACAUGUCCUUCGUGAAGGAAACGGUGGAUAAAUUGCUGAAGGGCUACGACAUCCGCCUCCGCCCGGAUUUCGGAGGUCCUCCCGUCUGCGUGGGGAUGAACAUCGACAUCGCCAGCAUCGACAUGGUCUCCGAAGUCAACAUGGAUUACACUUUGACUAUGUAUUUUCAACAGUACUGGAGAGAUAAGAGAUUGGCAUAUGCUGGCAUACCUCUCAACCUGACGCUUGAUAAUCGAGUGGCAGAUCAACUCUGGGUGCCUGACACGUACUUCUUAAAUGACAAGAAAUCAUUUGUGCAUGGCGUUACUGUGAAGAACCGAAUGAUUCGCCUUCAUCCAGAUGGAACGGUGCUUUAUGGCCUCAGGAUCACAACCACAGCAGCUUGUAUGAUGGACUUGAGAAGAUACCCGCUAGAUGAGCAGAACUGUACUCUCGAAAUAGAAAGCUAUGGCUACACGACUGAUGACAUAGAGUUCUACUGGAGAGGUGGAGAUAAUGCGGUCACUGGUGUGGAAAGAAUUGAACUUCCUCAGUUCUCCAUUGUGGAAUAUAGACUGGUGUCCAAGAAUGUUGUCUUUGCCACAGGUGCCUAUCCAAGACUUUCACUAAGCUUCAGGUUGAAAAGGAAUAUUGGAUACUUUAUUCUUCAAACCUACAUGCCCUCCAUACUGAUUACCAUUUUAUCAUGGGUGUCAUUCUGGAUCAAUUAUGAUGCAUCAGCAGCAAGAGUUGCCCUUGGAAUUACAACUGUGCUGACUAUGACAACAAUCAACACACAUCUGCGAGAGACUUUGCCUAAAAUUCCCUAUGUUAAAGCCAUUGACAUGUAUCUUAUGGGCUGCUUUGUAUUCGUCUUCUUGGCCUUACUUGAAUAUGCCUUUGUCAACUACAUUUUCUUCGGAAAAGGCCCUCAAAGGCAGAAGAAACUUGCGGAAAAAUCAGCAAAGGCAAACAACGAUCGCUCAAGGUUUGAAGGCAGCCGGGUGGACACCCAUGGAAACAUUCUGCUAACAUCUCUUGAAAUUCACAACGAGGUCGCAAGCAACGAGGUCACAACCAGCGUUACGGAUGCCAGAAAUUCAACGAUAUCCUUUGACAACUCAGGAAUCCAGUACAGAAAACAAAGCUCACAUCGUGAAAGCCUUGGAAGGCGUUCAUCAGACAGAACAGGCUCCCACAGCAAGAGGGGCCAUUUACGAAGAAGGUCUUCACAACUGAAGAUAAAAAUUCCUGAUCUAACAGAUGUGAAUGCCAUCGACAGAUGGUCAAGAAUGGUGUUUCCAUUCACAUUUUCUCUUUUCAACUUAAUUUACUGGCUAUACUAUGUUAACUGAGUGACUGAACUUUUUUAAAGGACUUCAAUUAUAACAAGUGAAGUACUACUUGCCUGCAGAGUUUAUAUAUAUUUAUAUGUAAAAAUAUAUAUAUAUAUAUGAACUUUUACAAUGUAGAGAAUACUCAUGUAUGUGUGGAUACGUACAGCGAAGAACUGUGUGUAUAUAUGAGCACACACUGCAGAACAAAAGUAUAUGUAUGCACACAUACGUGUACACAUUCAUUCUGAGGUUAUGGACAAUGUAACAUAGAAUGCACUUCCGAGGAACUUUUUAAUUUGAAAGUCAGGUGUCGUCCAAAGCAAGCCUUGAGAACGUAAGUGUUGUAUAUUAUCACUUCAAAACUUUGAUGGUCGUAGAAAUUUUCAAACAGCUGUAAUGGUGUAUAAAGUCAGUAUUUAGUAACAUUGUUUGUAAAUGCUGCCAUACACACUAAUCAUAAAGUGAUAGAGUUACACUGGUAAGUUUAAAGUAAGUCGUUUGUAUUGCAGAACCAUGAACAACAAUUUCAUCAAGCCAAACUUGUUUCUCUUUGCUAAAAUUUCUUGGUUUUGUAUGACCUAACAUAUUUUUCCCCCUCAUGAAUGGGCAUUGUUUUUAAUGGUCUCUUGCUUUCUCUUCUGCAGUAAGCAAGCUGAUCAUUGGA